AGAAACCUUUGCAGGCCUGUUAUGCCUGUUACAUUAAAUAUGAACAUGGCCAUGCCUUCAUGGUUUGAUAUUAUUGGGCUUUCACCAGAUUCACAAGAGGAUGAAUCUGGGAUUAAACAGGCAGCAGAAAAUAUAAAAGCUUUGAUUGACCAAGAAGUGAAGAAUGGCAUUCUUUCUAACAGAAUUAUUUUGGGAGAAUUUUCUCAGGGAGGAGCUUUAUGUUUAUAUACUGCCCUUACCACGCAGCAAAAACUGGUGGGUGUCACUGCACUCAGUUGCUGGCUUCCACUUCAGGCUUCAUUUCCACAGGGUCCUAUUGGUGGCACUAAUAGAGAUAUUUCUAUUCUCCAGUGCCACGGGGAUUGUGACCCCUUAGUCCCCCUGAUGUUUGGUUCUCUGAUGGCUGAAAAACUAAAAACAUUGGUGAAUCCAGCCAAUGUGACCUUUAAAACCUAUGAAGGUAUUGUUAUGACGCACAGUUUGCAUCAGAAGGAAAUGAUGGAUGUCAAGCAAUUCAUUGAUAAACUCCUACCUCCAAUUGAUUAACGUCGUUAAGAGGCCUUUUGUAGAAGUACACCAGCAUCAUUGUAGUAGAGU